CCAGGUGGAGACAAUUAAGAAGCCGUUGUAAGGAAGUCAUCAUCCUGACUAGUAACGUAUUAAAUGGUCAUCUGGUCUGCCUGAAGAACCCAGCUGCAGGUGAGAGCCCAAUCGGAUCUGGUCUUCACACUCCGAACUCUGUCCAAAUUAAGGAUGCUCAACCUCCAGGGUCUGCGGCUCCAGCUGGCAGGAGGAAGGUGCUCAGCUGCACCAUUUCUCAAGUCAUGGCCAACUUCCCCAACUGCAUAUUAGGGUUUAAGUUUGUGGUAACUAUAAGAUGUGCAGAUUCCGGAUUUCGAGACGGAAGAUUUUCUAGCUGUGUUGGAAGUUUCAGCAGCCAGCGUGAGGAUAAGGUGCUGUGCUACGAGAUGGAGACUCGAGGGUUCAGGCUAACGUGCCUUAUACCUCGUUUCUGCAUCCUGUUGCUACUCCCUUGGGUAGCGACAGCGCAGAGAAAGUUGCCUGCUAUUUUCGUCUUCGGUGACUCAUUGUCUGAUGCUGGUAACAACAACUACAUUAGAACGCUCUCCAAGGCCAAUUCUCCGCCAAAUGGUAUGGACUUCCCGGGGGGUUAUGCCACUGGACGAUUCACCAAUGGACGCACAACUGUGGAUAUCAUAGGCCAGCUCGCUGGAUUGACUCAGUUUCUCCCCCCAUACUUGGCCCCCAAUGCCACCGGGAAGCUGAUCCUAAAUGGAUUGAAUUAUGCAUCUGGAGCUGGCGGUAUUCUAGACUCUACUGGCUACAUCCUGUACGGGCGGAUCUCAUUCAACAAGCAGUUGGAUUACUUUGCGAACACGAAGGCUCAGAUUAUCAAUCAGCUGGGAGAGGUAUCCGGAAUGGAGCUCAUUUCGAACGCUUUGUACUCUACCAACUUAGGCUCCAACGAUUUCUUAAACAAUUACUACCAACCUCUCUCUCCGAUUGCCAACCUCACCGCAUCACAAGUCUCGUCACUGUUGAUUAAAGAAUACCAUGGGCAACUAAUGAGGUUGUACAACAUGGGUGCACGCAAGGUUGUUGUGGCGUCUCUAGGCCCACUUGGGUGUAUUCCCUUCCAGCUCACCUUCCGGUUAAGCAGGCAUGGGGAAUGCAGCGAUAAAGUGAAUGCUGAAGUGAGAGACUUCAACGCUGGUCUUUUUGCCAUGGUCGAACAACUGAAUGCUGAGCUACCUGGAGCGAAGUUCAUCUAUGCUGAUGCGUACAAAGGUGUCUUAGAAAUGAUCCAAAAUCCAAGUGCAUACGGUUUUAAAGUAGUGGAUGAGGGAUGUUGCGGCGCUGGUGGAACUUACAAGGGAGUGAUCCCUUGUUCCAGUCUGUUCAAGCUGUGCCCCAACCGCUUCGACCAUCUUUUCUGGGAUCCAUACCACCCCACCGAUAAGGCGAAUGUGGCAUUGUCUGCCAAGUUCUGGUCAGGAACUGGUUAUACCUGGCCUGUCAAUGUCCAGCAGCUUCUCAUGUCGUGAACUCCUCCAUCGAUGCCUGCUCGGAAAUCAGAUUACUGCAACAAUAGAAUAUUUCAUUGACGUACACAUGUUGUGCCAGAAGGAAAGAUUGAUCAGAACUCUCAGCAAUUUAUGGUAGACAUAGAUGAGUUCGCCGAAAAAUCAGUUUUUCUGGUAGUAGAACUUCUUAGGGUUAAAAGAGGUUAUACCUCUUUAUUGAGAUGAUCUGAAGAGAAUAUGUAAACACCACGAAGAUAGUGGAAUAGGACAAUGACAAUGGACUAUAUUCGUUAGCACACGCUAUGUUUCCAGCGUAUGUAUACGUUAGAUAAUAAUAUAUCGCCGUUAAAUUUGACAUUCU